GGAAAAUGAUUUUAGAAGUGGGGUUAAUUUUGCAUCAGCUGGAUCAGGAAAUGAUAAUUUAACAAAUUCAAUUUUUGGAGUAAUUCCACUGAGGAAACAAUUAGAAUAUUUUAAAGAGUAUUUGGAGAAUUUGAAAGUUUUUUUGGAGAAAAAGAGGCUGAAAAUUUUGUGAAAGGUGCUUUGGUAUUUGUUAGUGCAGGGAGUAAUGAUUUUAUUUUAAAUUUCUAUGACAUUCCAAUAAGAAGGGUUGAGUUUAACAUGAGGGAAUAUCAAGAUUUUAUUCUAGACAAGCUACAAUAUAUUGUCAAGAUUGAACUUAAGACUGCCCCAGCUGAUUUCCGGUUCCCAACAACCAAUCAAACAAGGCACUGUUUCACACGCUACGUUGAGUUUCAUAGGUGUGUUGCUGCAAAGGGUGAUGAGGCUGUUGACUGCGAUAAAUUCGCAAAAUACUACCGUGCACUUUGCCCUGGUGAAUGGGUCGAGAGGUGGAACGAGCAGAGGGAGAACGGGACUUUCCCAGGCCCUCUUUAAUUAAAACAUCGGAUCACAGCAUCCUUUUGGUUCAUGCAAUAUUGGUUUCCAUUUAAUGUUCUUUUUUUGAAAGGGUAACCUGGUUUAAUUUUCUUUUGAAUUGUCAAAGGAGUCAAUAAGGAACUUCUUCCUAAUUGUUGCUGAAAAGCCUUGAGCUUUAUACAGUUUCUCAGUUUUUAUUUCUUGGAUGUUUGUUCUUAUUCAAAUGUUCAAAGACAUGGUUUUCUCUGCUUC